CUGCGUCCCGGCACCGCCCUGUCCCAGGCUCCUUUGCGGGUAAACAGACAUGGCCGACGAGGGAGAUCACCGGGACGCUGCGCACAACAUGGGCAACCACCUGCCGCUGCUGCCUGCAGAGAGUGAAGAUGAGGAAGAUGAAAUUGAAAUGGAAGUAGAAGACCAGGAUAGUAAAGAAGCCAGGAAACCAAACAUCAUCAACUUUGACACCAGUCUGCCAACGUCGCAUACAUACCUAGGAGCUGAUAUGGAAGAGUUUCAUGGUAGGACUUUGCAUGAUGAUGACAGCUGUCAAGUAAUUCCAGUCCUUCCCCAAGUGAUGAUGAUCCUAAUUCCUGGGCAGACAUUACCACUGCAGCUUUCUCACCCGCAAGAAGUCAGCAUGGUGCGGAAUUUAAUUCAGAAAGAUAGAACCUUUGCGGUCCUCGCAUACAGUAAUAUGCAGGAAAGGGAAGCCCAGUUCGGAACAACAGCAGAGAUCUAUGCUUACCGAGAAGAGCAGGAGUUUGGAAUUGAAGUAGUGAAAGUGAAAGCUAUUGGACGGCAGAGGUUCAAGGUCCUUGAACUUCGAACACAGUCAGAUGGAAUCCAACAAGCUAAAGUGCAAAUUUUGCCAGAGUGUGUGUUGCCGUCAACCAUGUCUGCAGUUCAGUUAGAAUCACUCAAUAAGUGCCAGAUAUUUCCUUCAAAACCUGUCUCUUGGGAAGACCAGUAUUCAUGUAAAUGGUGGCAGAAAUACCAGAAGAGAAAGUUUCACUGUGCAAAUCUGACUUCCUGGCCUCGCUGGCUGUAUUCAUUAUAUGAUGCUGAAACAUUAAUGGAUAGAAUUAAGAAACAGCUACGUGAAUGGGAUGAAAAUCUCAAAGAUGAUUCUCUUCCUGCGAAUCCAAUAGACUUUUCUUACAGAGUAGCUGCUUGUCUUCCUAUUGAUGAUGUGUUGAGAAUUCAGCUCCUUAAAAUUGGUAGUGCUAUUCAACGACUUCGCUGUGAAUUAGAUAUCAUGAAUAAAUGUACUUCCCUUUGCUGUAAACAAUGUCAAGAAACAGAAAUAACAACUAAGAAUGAAAUAUUUAGUUUAUCCUUAUGUGGUCCAAUGGCAGCAUAUGUGAAUCCUCAUGGAUAUGUACAUGAGACAUUGACUGUGUAUAAAGCUUCCAACCUGAAUCUGAUAGGUCGACCUUCUACAGUACACAGCUGGUUUCCUGGGUAUGCAUGGACCAUUGCCCAGUGUAAGAUUUGUGCAAGCCAUAUUGGAUGGAAGUUUACAGCCACCAAAAAAGAUAUGUCACCUCAAAAAUUUUGGGGCUUAACUCGUUCUGCUCUGUUACCCACAAUUCCAGAAACUGAAGAUGAAAUAAGUCCAGACAAAGUAAUCCUUUGUUUGUAAGUGCAUUGUAAGGAUAACUCCCUAACAAGUUGUUUUCUCCAGUCAGAUCUGCCCCAGACAUCACUGCCUCUGAUGUGUGUAUAGUGGUUACAGCAUUGACUACCAAGUCCAAGAGCACACUUGCUCGGAGGAUGAGAAAGCAGUGUAAAACACAAGGCUGGAUUCAGAAGUACCUGCUUCAGUAGCUUGGUGCCAUUAAUUAUCGUGUUGAAUAUGUGGCAUUGACAGGAUAAGAAAACACAUUUGCCAUGAUGAGAAAGGCUAGGGAACAGGAUAGGGCACCACUGCUCUACAUGAUGAAUGUUCCAGGAGCUAGGUUGGCAAGCACAAGACAGAGGCAAAGCAGUGCAUACUACUUUGAAAGGAACAAAGUCCUUUUAAUUUUCCUUUAGCUUGUCUGAGAUACUGAUUUGUAAAUUUUGCAAAUAUUAAAGAGUAAAAUAAGCAGUUUGAACAGAAAAAAAUAGCAUUUUUGUGUAUUUGCACUAUUUAUUUGAUAAUCUUUAAAUAAUAGUAUAUGUGCAUUUUGCAUUUAAGUGAACAGUAUAUAUUUCUAGGAUUAUACCCUUUAGGAAGUAAAAAUUAAAGCAAUUGAAGAUCAUCUUUAAAUAAAACUUACCAAACUAAUACCUAUGUCCACACCUACACUAUUUAAACUUAUGUAAAAAUCAAAGUAAUCAAGUAAAAUUUAAAGUAAAGUACAGAAAUGUAACCCCUCAAUGUCAUUUUUUAAGUUCCACUUCAUUUUAUUGAAGCUGAAGUCAGAGUGAGGCAGUGUACAGACAGUACUGUUUACAGGAAUCUCACACAACAUAGCAGCAUUGAGAUCACUGCAUCUGUGUCCUUCCUGCUCUGGAUGCAGGUGGAAGGACAGCAGCAGGAACUCAGUGAUGUAAAUGCAGGCAUUUACUAACCUGUGGACAGGAGUUUCUGAGGCUCCCCUUUUUACAACAUAACUGUUCAUCUUCCUCUUGUUUGGGCUUCAUCACUAGUGAUUUUAUCAAACUCUAAAAGAUGCUGUUUGCUUAUAUGGUACAUGGAUACCAAGUGUCUAAAUCUAAGCCGUAUCCAUCUAAUUAAUAAACUAAACAUUUGUGUUCACUUGCUGUGGUACCUGAUAGAAAGCCAACACUCUCAAUGCCAGCCAUUCAGUUAUUCCUGUAACAGUCUAAGCUUUGCACACAAAAGGAAAUCAGAAAGUCCUGUGUAAAUGAAUGGCAUUGUGGCCUAAUUAAUUUUAAAUCAGCAAUCAGCUAAGGCAACAAAAAGUCAGUAGUUAGUUUAGCACACACAAGUGUUCUCUUGGAGUUCCCACCUCCAGUCAAAACAAGUCACAGCUACACUUUUCUCACUGGCCCUACUACAGACUUGGAAAAUUCAGAGUUAAGCCUAUAUGAAGAGGACAUAGACUCAUUUUUUACUCAUGAGUUUACUCAUGCUGAUGUUUCUUAGGAUUUAAGUAAGAAGUGGAAGGAAAGAAAACCGGUCUUACCAAAUGUUCCUGUUUCCUAGGGAGCUCAUUUUAGGUCUUCUUUAUGUGACUUAGAAGUUCAUCCUUUUCCAUUUGGUAACCACUUUUCUUCCACUGUUCCCGCAACUGCUGCAACAAGGCUCCGAUUUCCUUCCCUGAAGAAAUGCCCACUUUCCUGAUGUCAUGUCCACUCACAGGGAAGGGCGGGACAGACCACUGCUGCAUCUCCUUGAGCAGACCAUGUUCUCCUUGGUACUUGAGCAACUCACACACACGGGCAGGUGCGUCUGGUUCCCUUGACUAAGUGACAGAGUUUUUCACAUAUUAAACACUCACAAUUUCAUUCUACCACUUAAAUAUUUAUAUAAAGUCUACAGUUUGAAAAAUUGCUUUUCCAGUUAGUGAGCUAUUUUUCUGACCAAACCUAAUACAUACUUACAUCUAUAACGAAGUCUUGAUAUGGUUUCAAUGGUUCUGAACUAUCUGUUGCUUUAAUCAAGUCUUUCCUGUUUUUAACUAGAAAUAAACCCAAGUUUUUCUCUUCUUUUGAAAUUUUCAAUCUCAAAUCCAGUUUUGUGACAUCAUCUUGUACUUUGAAUAAAGAGGCCAAAAGAGU